AUGCGCUUUUCCCUUGCUGUGCUAGGCCUCGCGGCCGCUGUCUCGGCCACGGCCGCUGACGCCAACGGCAGCUCCGCUGCUGAUGUUGAUGCCAAGAUUGACGCUUCUGCUACCGUCGACGCCGCGGCCACUGUCGAUGCCACAGCCACAGCCACUGUUGAUGCAAACGCCACAGCCGCGGCCACUAUCGACGCGAAGGUUGGCGCGGCUGUUGAUGCCAAGGCAAAGGUCGAUGUUGAUGCCAAGGCCAAGGUCGAUGUUGAUGCUACGGCAAAGGUCGAUGUCGAUGCCACAGCCACAGCCACUAUUGAUGCAAACGCCACAGCCGCGGCCACUGUCGACGCGAAGGUUGGCGCGGCUGUUGAUGCCAAGGCAAAGGUCGAUGUUGAUGCCAAGGUUAACGCUGGUAUUAACGCGGAUGCUAAGGCUGAUGCUAAUAUCGAUAUCGAUGCUAAGGUCAACGCUGGUAUUAAUGACAAUACAAAGAUCAAUGCCAAUAUCAAGGCUGAUGUUGACGCCAAGGUCAAUGCCGACGUUGACGCCAACCUUGACGCCUAUGUCAAGGUUGGUGGUGAUAUCGAUGCUAAUGCGAAGGUCGAUGUUGGUGCUAAGGUCGACGCCGAUAUUAAGGCUGAUGCUGGGAUUAAGGCCGAUGUCAAGGCCAGUGCUGAUACCGAUGUCAAGGCGAAUGUCGGCGCUGAUGCCAAGGUUGACGCCGAUGUCAAGGCCAGUGCUAAUAUCGAUGUCAAGGCGAAUGUCGGCGCUGAUGCCAAGGUUGACGCCGAUGUCAAGGCCAGUGCUGAUAUCGAUGUCAAGGCGAAUGUCGGCGCUGAUGCCAAGGUUGACGCCAAUGUCAAUGCCGAUACAAAGAUCAAUGCCGACAUCAAGUCUGAUGUAGACGCAAAGAUCAAUGCCGAUGCCAAGGUCAACGCCGAUGCCAAGGUCAACGCCGAUGCCAAGGUCGGCGCCGAUGCCGACGCCCAGGCAAAGAUCGAUGUCGACGCCAAGAUUGCUGCCGAAAUCAAAGCCCAAGUCGGCUUGGGCGCCAAGUCACCCUCCACCAUGGCCAUCGCCACCGUCCGCACCAACGGCACCAGCACGACGGCCCUCGCCCUCUCCGCCGACGUACAGGCGUCCCUCGCCGCCGCCGUGUCCGGCUUCUCCUGCCCGCCGACCAUGGCGUACAGCCCGUGGAUCAAGUCCUGCGGCUGCGCGCCGGGCCAGACCUGGUCCGCCACCACGUCCGCCUGCGCCGGCACGCCGCUCACCGGCGCCUGGCCCGCGCCGAGCCUCGACGCCGUCGCAUCGGUGCACCUCGACCUCGGCGUGUACUGCGCGGCGUCGGCGACGGAGCUGGUGCGCUACGACGCCGCGCACGCGUACUGCCAGGUCAGCCUCGAGACGCUCGUCUUCAUCGCCGCGGCGUCCAUCGGCAAGGAGGUGGACGCGCUGGCCGGCGCCGAGAUGGCCGGCAACGUUUCCGCCGAUCUCAAGGCAGUGUUCGCCGGUCUGCGCGGCCUGUACCUGAAGAAGGCGACCGACGCCGUCGCGCUGUUCAACACAAAGGUGUACGGCCUCGGCGUGUUGGUCGACACGGCGGUCGACGCCGCGCCUACCAAGACGCAGGUCGCGCUCUGCAAGCUCGGCCUCGGUUCGUGCGCGCGCGACUGCGUCUCCUUUAGCCAGCCCGGCUGCGCCAACCAUAUUGACGUCGGGGCGCAUGUAGGCGCGCAAAUCACGGCGCUCGCCGACGGUGUCCUUAUCCUGCCGUCGACUAUCCUUUUCGCCACCAAGGCCAAGGUGCUCGUGUCCGUCGCAGUCGAGGCCCUGCUCUGCAUCGUCGGCAACGUCGUCAAGUCGGCCCUGACUGACUUUGACUGCCACUGCAAAUAG